CACGCUCCGCCCCGGCUGUCCAAUCGCGGAGCCGGGGCUGAGCGUUGUCUUGUUGGGGGCAGAAAAGUUUCCCCGAGCGAGGAAGAGGAGGAGGAGGAGGAGGAGGAGAAGAAGGCGGAGAGUGCGCGCCUGCGCGGAAGCCCAGCAAGAAAAAGCCAAGGAGAGUUAAGUGGGAGAGAGGAGAGGAAAGAGAUGCGGGAAGGCUGAGGAGCACCUUCGCAGCUCCUUCUCCCGCGAAGCUCUUGUUGCAUCAAGGAAACAUUCGUCCUAAACCUGCUACCAAAGUUUUCCCCUUGGGUCUCCUCUCCAAUGAGGACGCUGGCUCUUUGGGAGAGGAAGGCGGAGAAAGAGGAGGAGGAAGGGGGCGAGGAGCCUCGGGGGCGUUUGAAGGACCCGAAGAAGCCGCUCGGGAUGCUGUGAGCGAGGUGGGAUCCCCCGGCCCAGCCUCUUCCCCAGCUUGGCUGUGAAGCUGGACCCUCUCCUGGCUCUCCAGGGCUGGACCAUGCUCAAGAUCCUGACGAAGAAGCUCAGGAACCAGAGGCUGGGAGAGAUCCAGCCUUUCCACCUAAAGAUUUCCUACCCCUCAAGUGAUGAAGAUGACAGUGAUGAUUCUGAGGGAGAGAACCAAGAACUUGCUCUGAUUGACAAAGAAAGAAGACGAAAUUGCACAUUGACUCCUCUGGCAACCAACCAGCUGCAGAAUCAAGAAAACCAGUGCUGCAAAAUGCAUUUUCCUCCUGGUCUGGAUCGUCACAGUUCUGAAGAGGAGCUUGAACGUAUCAGCUGUGAGUUUUCUGCUGAAAAACGGAAGUGGUCACAGGUCAACAGGCUGGCCUGCUGUGGUGACAACUACAACACCUCCUCUAGUGACGAAGAAGUGAAGAACUUGUGUGGCAUGUCCUUCCGGCCUGUGGUUGAAGCUGCAGACCGCUUGCAUGCCAGCCCUAGCCCUGUGCUCUUUAGUGCCUCCCCUCCCAAAAGACUCCAGCCCUUGGUUUGCACCCCAACCUCCCGGCCUCUAAUUUUUACCAGUGUGGGAGCCAGCUUUGAACAAGUGAUGCCCUGUAAACGACACCGACAAGGCUAUGGAGACAAGGUCAGUAGGCCCAGCCUUGACCUGGAAAAAAUGCAGCAGAAAAUGCUAUUUAAGAAGAAUUGUGGCACAAAGACAAGAAUCAUCAAAAUUCGUCAUAUCAAUGGAAGCCGACCACCACCUCACUUUCUGUACGACCCAUCCACCUUUGCCUUCCGAUCCCUUAGCACCUUGAAGCCUCUGAGCCCAAUAGCUCCAGUUGAAGAACCAUCAUGUGCCUACUGAAGGAGAUGACUCAGAACUCUCAGGAAUCAAACCAUCAGAUUGCCCAGCAAGGACCAGUUUAAGGAGGGCAUAUGUUUGCAAUUAUCACUGAUGCCCUUGAGCAUUGGAGAUGGGUGACUUUUCUCAUGUCUGUUUUGUAUCUGGAAGGGAGGAAAUGGAAGGAAAUGUAUGUGAAUUGAGUAAGCUAGGUACACAAACCAUAGUGCAAUUAUCAAGGUGGUGUCUGGUACACAGAAAGCUGGUGUCUUCUUAAAGGAAGUUGUCAAUUACCUGAAUAGGUGAACACCUGCUUAUAUAUUGGAGUGCAUGGAAUAGGCACAUUUUUAUCAUUGCCUGCUCCAAAACUAGCGGAAUUGUUUCCUCUAUGUAGGGAUAUCUCAGUGGACUAAUUCCUCUUGAAAGAUGAUUGGGAUAAAAGUAGAUCUGCCCCUAGGUUUGAAGCUAGAGUGAGAAGUACCUGAAGGUUGUGAAACUUCAGGGUUUCCUCAGUACACAUUAGUAGGAUAAUCCCUGAAUAACUAUGUUUCCGAUCAGAGUAAAAGAUUGACAUGAGCUUUUUUCCCUGUGCAGGCUGCUACGUUAUGACAUGGAAAACAUUGUUCUGUUGGAGGUAUGUAGGAGAGAGAAUGGGGAAAGCAGUUUCUUCUCCCUGUGGCACCUUUCACACAUCCUUUAUUGAGGUAUCUGGGUGCCCCCUUUUAUGUUGCUAUCCUGAAUGGCUAUAUCCUAUUCCUGAAAAACCACAACAGGUCUGGAUGUCAAACCAUCUGUUUGGCCCAUACAGAACAGCAGUGAAUGGGGAGAGGAUGUAUGUAAGGAUUGCUCUUGAUUUUAUGUAUAAACACAACAGUUUAAGAGGAUAUUACAUCAUAUAGUGGAAGAAAAUGUCCUCAGCCUGUUGCAUAUUUUGCUAUUGUGGGCACGGGUGACAGGAAGGGUGAGACACAAGACUUGAUAUGAAACUGUGACAACUGUAUUGUCACACACACUUUGCUGUGGUCUCUUCAUCUUCAUAUUGCUCAUCUUUUUUCAUGCUGCCCACAUUCACAAGAUGUUAUUCUUGCUGUUACAUUACUCAUAUUCUACAGUUGGGAUGAGCAGUGUGUGACAUUCAUAUUGGUACUGAACUGCAACUCCCAUCAUUUCUCAUCAUGGCUAUAUUGGUUGAAGCUGAUGAGGGUUGCCCUCCAACCAAACGUGGAAGGUUUUCUACAAGCUUUAAUCCAUUGGUGGUGAACACACACAGAAGGAUAUUUUUGGGUCUUCUCAAUCCAGCAUAGGCCACAUUUCUGUCUCAAUUCACAAAUGGAAUUGAUACUGUCUCACUUCCAGUCAUUUUUUUACUUUGAUUCUGGGCUGGAAUGUUUGGUCAAAGCCACACUUCCUAAAUCAAUUUUUGAGGCCAGAAAUACCAUAAGAAUGAGGUGAAGGGAGUCAAGAGAAACCAGAGCCUGCUUUGGACUCUGAGGUCACAAUGUUCCCACCUCUGCUGUAAUGAACAUUGCCCCCUAGAAAUUAAUACACAGCACUGUCUCUUCUAUGUGAUCCUGAAAUGUUGGCCUUAUGUGUGUGUAAAUGUAGUGAACAAUACCAAAUGUACUUCUGCUGUGUAAUCUAUUUGUAUUUAGGAAGUAAGAGUUGCUCAUGGUUUGGACAUUAUGAAUGUAGGCAUAGAUUCUGUUGGUUGUCCCUACUGCAGACCUCAUUGCAUCCAUGGGAUUUAUAGUUUUGAUUUACCAUUCAGCAAUUGGUUCCAUGAGUCUACUCUAAUAAGGCAAGCAAUUGGAUUUAUGGUGUAUAUGUUGAUCCAAGUAUGAGAAAGGCCCACCCUCGGUUAUCAUUGACACUGGAACAUUAAAACUUACCAUUCUGUCAAGCUAUGAGUACAAUUGGGCAGCCUUUAGUAUUCCGUGUACACAUGUUGUACCAGUGACAGGUAUAUUAGGUUAAGGGAAUCCGUGCUUUUGUUUCUUCCUAUACCAUCCCAUCUAAGAAGAAUUCAGGGAGGUGUGCAACUCUGUUUUCUACCAGCCUGUUAAAGAAAUAAAUUUCUGCUGCGUUGCUGUGACGAGAGAAAAAUUAAUAAUGCAAUGUGAAAUGAAACAAUGCUUCACUUGUUCCUAUAGCCGAAGUAGGGGAUAUUUUUUCUCUUUUGAUCCUGAAUAUGAUUUAUUGCUGGCUUCAAAGUCAGCAGUGUGUGAUGGGAUUUGUAGUCCCAGUGGACUUGACCUUUCUACAGUGACAAGGGCAGAUGAUAACCUGGUUUUGCUGUUUCUGCAAAUUAGGUUUGGCCUACAAACAGUCCAUGUGUGUUACAUAGUCAGGAAAUGUAUGGGGGCACUUUUUCCUGUGCCUGAAGGCACCAUCUUAUUCGGCAAAUACUUUGGAGUGCUUUGUUUCUUUUCUAUACAAGUUGACUGUUUCUGAUUGUCCUCAAAGAUAUCGUCCCAUAUGAUGCUCCAAGUUGAAGGAAUGGAGGGCAGACAACCUCUGUUAAAGUGGCCUUUCUUUAUUACUUUUGUAAUCUUUCUCUGUCUUCGGUUUUUCAAUCAAAAUAAUAAAGUUACAUGUUAACUGCUGCUCUGCUGUUUGCUUUCUUGGUGCAUUAUUUUUUGUAGUAGAAAAAAGGAAAUAUCCUCUAUUUUACAACAAGAAAAUACAAGCUACUGGGUCUGAAAUAUGUUUUACAGACCCAGGAAAAUUGAACAAGCAUAGAUUAUGCUAUUAUGGGUAUAAGCCAAUGGUUCUCAACCUGUGGGCCCCCAGAUGUUUUGGCCUUCAGCUCCCAGCAAUCCUAACAUCUGGUAAACUGGCUGGGAUUUCUGGGAGUUAUAGGCCAAAACACCUGGGGACCCACAGGUAGAGAACCACUGGUAUAAGGGAAGCACACAUGUCUUACAUGUGUUUUUGUUUCUUGGACAGACAGUGUGAAUGCCAGGUUCCUCUUAAAAAAUCCUCAACCAUUAUUAGUAAGAAAAUUAGCAAGUCUGUGUGACUGCAAAUAUUUUAGUCCUGAAACUUGCUUUUUGUAUUCUGUGAAUUUUUCCUAUACAUGAAAUUUCUGCAAUGCAAUUGUAAAACAAAAAAUAAAAUGAUAAAUUUGCAAA